UCACAUAGUCACAGGGGGAAAAAAAAGUACCAAAGAAACACAUUAUUUGAGGAUUUCAUUCCCAGAAUGUAUGGCAAAUCCUCUUCCAGGCUUCCUAUCUUUCUCCCCAAACAGAAGCAGUGUGGCCGUAAUAGCAAACUGGAAAGCCGUUUUAUUUCAUAGGAACAUAUUACAACCAGCAAGGUAAAUAGGGACUCGUGGGAGGAGAUGGAAGGGGGGAGGGAGAGGGGCUUUUCUUUGAUAGCGUUUAAUUGGAAUUGAAACAUUCUCGGGCUGUAAACAUUCUUUAUUUAUUCAGCACACAUAAGCGGGCAUUGUUUUAUCACCGUCAUAAUUACGGUGUCCUUUAAACUGACUGAUAGCAAAGGAGAUAAGGGAAUGCGCCUGUAGCUCCAGAUCAAAUCGCUGGCUCUCCCCGGGUCACCAGGAUCCGUGCAGUCCUUGGAGAUGAGGAGCGCCGGAAGAUUGCGGCCUGGCCAUCCCUUACGUCAUGAGAGUGAUUUGUACCACAUUGCUAAUUUGGUGCGAUUCAUAACCUUCUGAUCUCCUAUGUUUGCAACUGCUUUUCAGCUCAGAGGAUACGUUUUGGGGGAUGCAGUUCCCGAGUAUAGAAAUUAAGACUGAUCACCUAUGUGCAGGAAAGGAUCUUAUUUCCCAAUGUUUGUUGCUUUACCUUUGUCUAAUUAAAAAUGCAAACUUUUAGGAUCCUUUCAGAACAAAGCCUCACCAAAUCCCCUUUACGUCCAAGGAUUUGCAAAUUUAUAAAGGCUGCAUUGAAUUCAGCAUGGGUCAAGGGGCGAAAAAAGGGUAGAAGGUCACUGCAUUUUGAUUAUGGGUCAGUAAACAACAUGGCAUGUAGUAUGUGUCCAGAAACUCCUUCUAAAAAGUAUUUUAAAACUGCCAGGAGUAUCGAAUUUAAGAAAUAGUGUUAGCCCGCGAUGAUUAUAAAUUGCACGAAAUUCUAACGUGCAAGUGACACCCCAGGCCCCGCGGAAAAAAUACAACUUUAAAAAACACUUAGCAGAGCUCUACAUUACCGCUUUGUUUACAAAAAAAUAAAACUCCUAGGGGUAACUGUGUUAGCCAGAUUAUGAUUUUUUCAGUGGCGACUGGCAUUUCUUUGUCCUACACACUGAGGAGAUUUAGUUAUACAUUCUUAUUUGUUGUCAUACUAGAAUUUACGGGAAAUUUUAAGUACUACAGUCACAUUUGGCUGACUUUAAAAUAGCAGAAGGAUCCUAUUAUACUGUUCUUUGACCCUAUUAUAUUUACGUUACUGGACUCUUUGUGAUAGCCUCUAACUGCUUUCUGUCUGUAUCCUCUUUAAGCAAAAUAUGCUUAGCAAUAUUUAAAAGCAGGGUAUAGGGUUAGAAAACAAGUUCUCAUUUGAAAUAUAUAUUUCUGCCCAGAGUCAUGAAAAGGAAAAGGUUUAUUUAAUGCUUGUCAAUACCUGAAGACAUGGUCCAGCACUUAACAAAUAAUAAUAAUACUCUAAUAAUGUGGCAAUCCUAGUGUGAAAAUGCACACGACCUCUUAGGUUUUCCUGAAGAUUUUCAAAAGAAUUCUCCCCCUUAGUACAACUGCUGGUGGACAUCGCUGUUGCAUUUCCCAACUAAACGUUUAAAAGACUGUAAAUGGUGUGUGCAUUACUUCAUUGCAGAAGGAAGAGGUCAGGCUGAAUUGCGCUGGUAUUUAAACAUAAUCAUACUAUGAAAAUAAAUCAAAACAUCACGUAAAAGGAGCAUUUUAAACGUUUCAUACAUUUUCUUUCUGGAACGGUGUGGUUAAACACUUCCUUGCGAGCAUAUAUAUUUUAACACAAGUUUACAAAAAUGAAAGUAUACGAUUUGUAAUAAAUGGGAAUAGGACUACAGUGAGGUAUUACGAAUAUUAUUUUUCUCUUUCUUUCCUAAUGAGGUUUAUCCUUCGGCCAGACAGCUUCAAAACUGAAAUACUACUUACUAUAGAGCGUAGAUUGCAGAUUGCACGCUACUCAACGUGAAAAGGAGCACGUUUGAUUGAUAGUCUCUCUGUGUGUGUGCGCCUAUACACACAACUCUGCAUAGUUGCAUGUAUGUGUGUUUGGCAAAAACGGGCAUCGCUGCGCGUUCUUAUCUUAAGAAAUGGGAGACAAAUGCCCAGCCCUUUAAUCAUGUUCAUCUUUGAUCACGAGCGAGGGUGACACAGUCCACAAAAUUAACAAAGAAACUCCCUUGCUUUCGAGAGACAGCUACAUAUGCAUCUGGGUCUGCACAUACAUGCACGACAUACGCGCAGACACACAAACACACAGACACACGCAGACUCCGAGACAGUAAAUUAUUGCAUAACUUUUCAUGUAAUUGAUACCAGACACCUUUAAUUUUUCCUUUUAAUUCUUUUGGCCAGCUUUCGCAUUAACAAUCUAAGCCAUAAACGUUGGUAGCUAUUGAUCGCAAUCCCCUGUGUGCGUGCAAAUCCAUUUUAAAGUCCCCUGCCUUUAAUGUGCGGGUGCGUGUGCAAGGGGCCUCCCCGGCUCCCUCCGUCACGAUCUCCCCCCGGCGUGCUCGAAGACGACCCCGGAUAUACAACGUGCGCUGAUGGCCACAAGAAAGCCGCCUGUUUCAUUUCGCACCAAAAAAAAAAACCCACAAAAACCAAAAAACAAAUGCGAUGGAGAAGUAAAGAGAGAGAGGUCUCCGUGGGAGAGAGACGCGACUGAGAGUGUGUGCGUGUGUGAGCGCAGGGGCCGUGUGUGUGCGGUGUGUGUGACAUUUCCUCAGACUUCUGGCGGUUUUCUGCCUUCCAGCGCUUGGCUCUGGCCGGACCCAGAAGCUCAUGGCUGUACCUUUCUGAAAAGAGAGGUUUGGCGAGUAGCCGCUACUAGUUUAAGACGUUUGAUAGCGCCAGAAUUAAACAAACAAAAAUCAUGCAUUUUUUAAAUAGUUGCCGGAUCCCACCGCCAGACCGUCAUCCGCAGGGAGCGCGUGUGCGUGGCGGUGCGCGGCCCUGCGCGUGAACGUGCGCCUGUAUUCACACGGGCACCAAAACCAGCCCAACUACCUGGCAAAUAAAUGGCUUUUCAGCUCAUGGCGUUUUUUUGGUAGCGUCUUCUUAAAAGCUUUCUCGGAGUUUACUGUUCCCUUACUGUUGACUCCAUAGCCUUAACCUUAAAGCAGGGGGAGGAGAGCCGCGGGGAGGGGGUGGGGGUGUUGGCAGCAUAUAAGUGCAUCAGGAGGAAUUUUUAAACGACCUUAUUGUCUCUAGCUCUAGAAAGACCACGAUGAUUUCUUUUUAGCGCGAGCAGCUGUUUUCUCUCGCAACUUCGCUUUCGGCUCCAGCGCCUGACACGACGUCUCCUCCGCAGGCGAGGCAGACAAAUGCCCGCGGGUAGCCGCCGCCGCCCGGCGCAGGGCGGCCGGCUCCGCGCCGCGCAGCGCCGCGCAGCGCCGCCGAGCCAUUGUUCCGCGGCCGCGGUAGCGCGGGCGGCUUCUUCCGACUCGGGGACGGAGAAUGCAAUCUGCUGCGGCUCCGCUGGCUCGGGCGGCGAUGCUCUCCUUGGGUUUCCGAGGGGAGAAGUAGGCAUCGCGGCUCGCACACACAUGGAUUAAGUUGAACAGCGGCGAUUACAUCUGCGCGCAGAGCAACAGUAGGCGAGGGCUGACUUUUCCAAUCUCAGCCCUGCGAGUUGGAGGCUCUCCUGAAUAGACUUCCUCAAUUUCCGGAUGCACUUCUUGAAAUUCCCCCUUCUCGCUAGAAUUCCACCGAAAUUGGGGGCUCGCAGGCGCUUCGCCUUGGCAUGCCAAACUGCAUUUUUAAGGAGUGAUUAUGUUAUUUAUUUUAGCUAUACCUGACGGGGUAACACGAACUCCACGCACCAUAUUGCCAAUACAUGGAGCGGAUAUUGACAUCUGGGACCGAAGAUUUUUUUUUCUUUCCAUUUUUGCUAAGUCCCAGAAAUAUGAGAGGUCUCAUUAAUCUCACGGAUAUGUCUAAUUCUGAAUGGGCAGUGAUACCUUAAAGUGAUCAUGUUUGUAUCCAGUUGAACCCUAGAUGUACGGCGGCGACUGGUGAUUUUUCUUUUUCUUUUUUUUUUUUUUUUUUUUUGCAGCGCCUAACGUGCAAACCGCAAGCAUCAUUUUAAUGUGACAAGGAAGAGGUAUGCAGCUAUUGCAACAUUUUCGAAAUCAUCGUUCCUGACACUCAGAUAAUUUAACGUUUCUAAGAAGAGGUUAAACCUUCAUGCUGCUUCUUCAAAUUGAUUGUGAGGGGCUGAUACAAACGGAACACCAGAAAGCUGCGGAAGGUCUGCGCCGAGCUGCGUAUGCAAACUGCAAACCAGAAGCAUCCUAGACCCUUGCGAUAUUGUACGUUGUGUGUGCCAGCACUUUUUUGUUAUUACGUAAAGCCUCUUGGAAGCACCUUGGAUAUUUUACAUUCUCCUUUCUCUGCUGGAAGCAAUCAGCGCGCAGGAAUCCUGACGUGGGCUCUGGGACUAUAGGACAUUCCAGCUCGUGAGCCAGCCCGGCUAAUUGUGAAAAGUGUAUACAUUUCUGCCUUAUCUAUGCUUUGUUAUGGGUCUGACGUGAGCCCACGUCCUCCUCCCCCCUCCCGCAAUAUUACAGACAGAAUUUCAGUUAAAAGUGUUACAGUAUCGCGGUGCAGGAACCCGUGAUAUCCAGGCAGCGAAAUAACCUUAGUCACCGGCUGUAAAAAGCUAAUUAAACAGAAGAGGAAAAUCAAGAGAAACUCGAAAAUGUAAGUAUUCCCUCUCGUUAACAACCGAGCAUUUAACUUUGGAGCCUCUGGAAGGGAAAUACCAGGCUAUUCUGCACAUUUUCGCUAAGCUGCAUUUUCCACACAAUGCAGAAUAAAGUACUAGUUUGAAGCGGUUACAUUACCGAGGAAUUUUCCAUCGUUAUGAUCAUACUUAUGUCCUUUAAAUUCACGGCAUGCACAAAAGAGCAACAUUUGUCCCAAAUAGUCUAAAAAUAUACGAAACGCUCUGAAAAAAAGCAGAAAAAUCCUCCCUGUGAAGCUAGCGACGAGGAAGUCUGCGAGGUCUGAGUGUAUUUGAGCUCGGAUUGUUUAAUAGAAAGAUUUAUAUACUAACUGUAUUAUUUACUUUGAGAGGGGAGGUGGCAGUAUAAGGGUAUGCUAAUUAGUGGGAGAUUUUUUUGGGGGAAGGGGUGGAAUAUCAAUUUUUAUUGCAUCACCUGUCAGGAGUGUCCAAUCAGCGUUGGCUUUAGGGGAAUUAAUUGAUGAAGGUGUCUCCGGACGAGCUCACUUCACUCUGUCAUUUUAUUUGUAGCUAAAGCAGCGGCGGGAAUAGCAGCUGCAUUUCUUUUCUCUUCCUCCCUUCACAUUCCAUUAUCAUAGUUUCCAGUGGAAAAGCAGGGAAUGAAAGGGAACAGGUACUGAUCUUCAGCAGCAACUUAGAGAAACACUUUGGCAAACCUGAUUUUUAAGAUACAUAUUGAUUGUAGCCUCACGGUGUUUUUUAAUUUAUUUUUUUUAUUUUGUCUAAAGUUUGGCACUCCAUUCACCAGGAAUAACAGCCUUUGUUAUAUUUUAUUAGCAGGAUGCCUUGAGACAAAUACAGCAUCUGGCUGAGGAUUGUGUGUGUGUGGCUUUUUCUUUUUUUUUUUCUUUUUUUUCCUUUUUUUUUUUUUUUUUUUUUUGCUUCUCUCUCUCUCUCUCUGCAAAUGCUGGGAAUAAUUUAAUUCACGAAAUGGGAGACCUGAAGUCGGGUUUUGAAGAGGUGGAUGGCGUGAGGCUCGGCUACCUCAUCAUUAAAGGAAAGCAAAUGUUUGCACUCUCCCAGGUUUUUACAGACCUGCUCAAAAACAUCCCGAGAACUACCGUGCACAAGCGAAUGGAUCAUUUAAAAGUAAAAAAGCAUCACUGCGACCUGGAGGAGUUGAGGAAACUCAAAGCCAUCAACUCCAUCGCUUUCCACGCCGCCAAAUGCACCCUGAUCUCCAGAGAGGACGUGGAAGCCCUGUACACGUCCUGCAAAACCGAGCGCGUCCUCAAGACCAAGCGCAGGAGGAUAAGCCGGGCCCUGGCGGCCAGCGACCUGCGCCCGGAGCGCGCGCCCGCCGCCCCCUUCCGCGGCUGCUGGGAGCAGAACCGGCUCUGGCUGGGGCUGAGCGACGCGCCCCGCGCCCUGCUGCCCGUCCGCAGGAAAGCCUGGCGCCCCGCGGCCGCGGCCCUGCUGCCGGCCGCUCAUCUACCUCACCUUUUUAGUAAAUACACUGGCCGCGGCCCCCCGGAGCCCGCGCGGGCGCCCCGCAAACCCCCCGCAAACUAUGCGCCGGCGGCGCGGCCCUGCGCGGCCCUGCGCGCCCGCCGCCCGCCCGCCGCCGCGGCGCGCCCGCGCCUCCCGCCCGCCGGGCCCCCGCCCCCGCCCGCCCGCCGCCGCCGCCGCCGCGCCGCCGCCGCCGCCACGGACUGCGCGCUGGGCCCCGCCGGCGGCGCCCGGCGGCCCCCGGCCGCGCCGCGGCCCUGCCGGCCCCGCGGCGCCCCGCGGCUGCCGCUGCCGCUGCCGCGCGGCUUCGGGCCGCCGCCGCCGCCCGCCUUCGCCGAGAGCGGCAGCAGCGACUCCGAGUCCAGCUCCUGCUCCGAGCGCGCCGCCCACGACUCGGACUUCGGCUCCAGCCUCUCCAGCUCCAGCGAGGGCAGCUCGGAGGAGGAGGACGAGGAGGAGGAGGAGGACGAGGAGGGCAGCGGCGCCUCGGACUCCAGCGAGGGCAGCUCGGAGGAGGAGGAGGAGGAGGAGGAGGAAGAGGAGGAGGAGGAGGAGGAGGAGGAGGACAGCACCUCGGACUCCGACUCCAGCUCGAUCUCCAGCCAGGUCUCGGUGCAGAGCAUCCGCUUCAGGCGCACCAGCUUCUGCAGCCCGCCCGGCGUGGUCCACGCCAGCUUCUUGUACCAUCUGGCGGCCGCCGCCGCCCCGCGGCCCCCGGCGUCGGCCGCGGCCCCGGCGGAGCCCGGCGGGCCGCCCGCCCUCCGCGCCGCCGCCGCCGGCCUCCAGCCGCAGGCGCCGGGGCAGUGGGGCCGCCCGGGCUGGGCCGCCGCCGCCCCGGCGCUGCGCUGCCCCGGCGGCCCGGGCAGCUGCUUCGCGGAGCUGGCGGAGGACAGGGUGCCUGCGACCGCAUUCCCACACUCUGAAUUUGCCAGUAAUGCCAAGAGUACUGACCCAACAAUUAACUGUGUUGCAAAGGGGGCCUCUUCACCUAGCCCAAAGACAAACAAUGCAUUUCCACAACAAAGAAUACUCAGAGAGGCAAGGAAAUGCCUGCAAGCAACUCCUACACACUGUGCAGAUAACAAUACAAUAGCUGCUAGGUUCUUAAAUAAUGAUUCUUCAUCAGCGGCAGCAAAUUCAGAAAAAGAUUCCAAAAUCCCUCAUUGUAUUGAAUUUGCCACGGAUUUGCCCUCUUCACAAACUGAUCCCGAGGAGGAUGCUGCUUCUCCAGGGGCAGCAGCAGCAGAGCUCCACUGCACUGAUACAGGCAAUAAGGCAUUGCCAUUCCUGCACAGCAUUAAAAUCAAAAUAGAGGACAGCAGUGCGAACGCCGAGUAUGAGCCCGACCUUACAACACAUAAGCUAAAGUGUGAGUGCAAUGAUACUAAGGAUAAGUUUUAUGGUGUGACUGAGAGUAAUAACCAGGACGCUUUACUAACAGCCAAGGAAGAUUCUGCAUGCACUGAGAAAGAAACCACUUCCUUAAACCCGCUGACUCAGAGUCAGGCCCUCUCAUGCACUUUAGGUACUCCAAAACCUGAGGAUGGGGAGUAUAAAUUUGGAGCAAGGGUGAGAAAAAAUUACAGGACAUUGGUUUUGGGAAAGCGACCUGUACUGCAGACUCCUCCAGUCAAACCAAAUUUGAAAUCAGCUCGAAGCCCACGUCCUACAGGUAAAAUUGAGACACAUGAAGGAACACUGGAUGAUUUUACAGUUAACAAUAGACGCAAAAGGGUAGCCAGCAAUGUAGCAUCAGCAGUGAAAAGGCCAUUUAAUUUCAUGGCAAAUUUUCCCUGUCCACCAUCACUAAUUAUUGGCAAUGAUGGGGAUUUGUUGCCAGCUUAUUCCUUAAACACCACUAAGGAUUCCCAACCACCUCACAAGGCCCAUCCUGUAUGGAAAUGGCAGCUGGGCGGUUCUGCAAUACCUCUUCCACCUAGCCACAAAUUCAGGAAAUUUAAUUAAUAAAAUAGUUUGGAAAAUAUUUUCUCGAACCACCUUUAACUUUCUUACGUUUUAAACUCUACAGGAUGGUUUGUACCAGCCCAUUAAUGCUAUACACACUUUUGGAAUCCUGUUUUAUCACAUUGUGAAGACAGAAACUGGAUUACUAUUUUCUUUACCGUUACAACAGUGGCUUUUUGUUUUGUUUUGGGUUUUUUGUUUUGUUUUGUUUCAUUUGGGUCUUUUUUUUUCUGGUUACAUUCCACAGAGUACUUCAGGCUAAAGACUCAAGUUAAACUCAGUUAUUAUGGUAGAGCUGGAAGACUUUACUGUUUAAAUGCUAAUAAUGCACCAGUACCUCAAUUCAACUGCUGCAAAUAAAUGUCAAAAGGUUGAAUAAUAAAUAUUAGAAUGAGCCAUUAAAUUUAUGCACUAGAUUUUGAAAAUGGAAGUCUAACUGUUAAUUCAGUUAAAGUUUGUUAAGUUACAUGGUUGCACAGUAAGGGUUCACUAUAAUUCAAUGUGGCAGCAGCCUACUUUUUGGGAGCUUUGUUUUCGGGUGCAGGGGUGUCUUUUUCUAAGAGCAGUUGCACUUACUCAUUUUUCUACAGUUUGGAGAGGCUGGGGUUCGCUUGCAAGCCCAGUCCGGGGAAAAGCUGCCUCAGCUGAAACCAGUAAAUAAAUGUGGAAUUCUA